AUGAUUUAGACUUGUCAAGUAUACCAUCCAAUUAUUAUUUGAAAAGAUGGAGCAAGGAUGCUAAAUGUGGUAUUGGAUUUGAUUCUUAUGGUGAAUCGGCUGUGAGUAAUUUAGACUCAUCUUCCUUGGUUCAGUAUAGCGAGCUAUCUAAUAUAGCACAAAGAAUCAUAGCAAAAGGUGCAAAAAAUAACCAAAAAUGUAAUUUUUUGAAAUCUGAGUUGUUAAAGUUGGAGAAAAAAUUGGAUAAGCAUGCCAAUUUUGGAGAACAAGAUGAUGGAACAAAUGAUGUAAAUUAUGUUAAGCAUGUGACUGAAGCUGAGAAAAAUCUUAAGAUCCAAGAUCCAAAAGUUGAGAAGUCCAAAGGUCGGGGCAAAGGUAGAAUGAAGAGUGCUUUGGAAUCUAAUCAACCUAAAAAGAAAGGUCCAUACAAGAGAAAAGCUUUUAAAGAAUCCAAUUCAAAUGCAUAUGAGAUGAACGGACCAUCAACAAGAUAUAUAUGCACAAACUCAGGGACAUAUUGGAAUGCCAAGUCAAAACCAAUUCAAUAUGACACCCGUAAGUCAAGUCACACAUUUUCCCUAUGGAUUUCCAAUUGUUCCUUGUGUUCAAGGGAUUCAAAAUCCACCGGUUCAAAGGAUUCAAAAUCACCAAUUUGGAUUUCAAGCUAUAAGUCCCAUGAUGUCCAAUUACUCAUUUAUGUAUCCUCGGGAAAACAUUCAACCAAUACCUCUGGUAACCACUCCUCAACUAAAAUUUUCAAAUCCAUCAGCAUCAAACAUUCAACCAAUACCUUUGGGAACCACUCUUGAACUGAAUUUUUCAAAUCCAUCAACAUCUUAGAUCAUGUUGUAAUAGAAUUUAGAGAAAUUUUUUUUGGAACGACAUCCUCUGAAGUGGAGAAUAUUCAUCCUUCUAGCUUUGUACAAUUUGAUUUUGAUGAGUUUCAUCUCAAAUAAUUAUAUUUUGUUGGAUAUUGACGAAGUGAAUUGAUAUAAUUCGUAUAUCCAUAUAAAGUUAGAAUCAUAUGUAGAUGAAAGAUCAAGUUCGCAUAUUUUAAUUACCAUAAAAAAUUGAUUACACAUAUUUUGAUUACCAUAAUCUCUAACUAGUUACAGAUCCUAUUUAUGAUGAAAACUCUUUACAUGAUCAUACAAUAGUAAAGAUCCAAGUCAUGGAUGUUUACAGAAAACGACUAUGAAGGUGUAAUCGACAUUGGGGUUUUAAGUUUAUGUUUAUGUCUUUUAAAUUGAAAUGUUGAGUUUCCAAAAAAAAAUAAAAAUAGGAAUUAGUUAAGUCUGUUUGUAAGGAGUGAUAGGGAGAGAUCGCGAAGGAGAUAAAGCUUUAAGCUUCGGUAGCUCCGGUUCUGUCAGUUCAUCACUUGACGAAUGUUUGGCGGGUCGGCUGAAAGGCCUAAGCCGAACCCACUGUUUGUAUUCAAAAAGGUAAGUUUUAAGUUUUAAUAAAAUAUUUAAAAAGAAAUGAUAUAUAUGGAAGUAAACAAAAAUAAUUAAAGCAAAAAAAA